CAUCUCUUGGUGAAAGAUCAACGUUGGAAAUUCAUUCAUUCAUUUCAUUCUUAUACAUACCAUCGCGUAUAAACCCUAAUUCCAUUUUCUCUGUCCUCGGUAAACCCUCGUCAUUCUCUAGGGUUUUAGAUACAGCACAUCAAAAGGUCUGAGCAAUGGCCUUCCUUAGAAAAGCUGGUAAUAUACUAAGCCGGACUGUGAGUAAUCGCAUCAGUCAGGAAAUCUCAGCAUCCCAAUCCUCCGUCUUUCAAGCAAUAAGAUGCAUGUCAACCUCAAAAAUCUUUAUUGGAGGACUCUCAUUCGGCACAGAUGACUCAGGUCUGACAGAGGCUUUUAGUAAGUAUGGAGAAGUUGCUGAAGCAAGGGUGAUUGUUGAUCGUGAUACUGGCAGAUCUAGAGGAUUUGGCUUUGUUACAUUUUCUACUGUUGAGGAUGCAUCUGCUGCCAUCCAGGCCUUGGAUCAACAGGAUCUUCACGGUCGUAGAGUAAGGGUGGCUUAUGCAAAUGACAGGACUGUAUGA